CUCGUGACGCCGGACACGCUGCCGCAGCUCCAUAUUCAGUGGCUGCUUGAUGACAAGAUCUGGGUCACACACAGGGAGAGGAGCUGGGGGGAGAGCAGUGACUACUUUAGGGACCUGGAGAUCGUCAUCCAGGGGUUAAGCGAGGUUUUCAGCCCAGGGCUCUGUCUGGAGAACUGCAUCAUGUCCCUAGCCCAGCACUACCAGAAGUGUGUUUCUAAGAUUCCUCUCAAUGCCAUGAUGUGCUCUAGCGAGCCCGAGAGCCCUCAGCCCUCAUUAGCUCCUUUGUCUCCUGCAGUUAUACCGGAGGCCACAGAGAACCCGGCAGGUGACAGCGAGGAGGAGAUGAACCGGAGGACUGAAGAGCACAUCAGGCAGUCUUUGAGCGAUAUUUGCACGGAGGCUGCUGCCAGGCUGUGCCUGAGCGAGCUCGCGGUGGUGCAGCAGUCCGUGCAGGUGAUGGGCACCCAGGAGGACGCGCUCAGCAUCCAGGUCCUG